AUGGAUUCUUGGGGAAUCCAAUUGCCAGUCAGUGGUCGACCAGAUGGACGUCAAUCUAAUUUUAUUUUACGUCCUCUUUCUUGUGAAAUUCAACCUUUAUGUAAUGCCCAUGGUUCAGCACGCUUUCAGAUGGGUUUCACGAGUGUUUUAGGUGCUGUGUAUGGGCCUCGAGAAGGUCAUACUGUCGAUUCUCGUGGUACAACACCUCAAGCCAGUUUAACUGUUUUGUUUCGCCCUGCUUCUAGCAAAAUUUCAGCAAAGUAUAAAUAUUUGCAAGUGUGUUUGUACAACACAUUAAAAUCUAUAAUUGAACUAAAAACAUGUCUUGACUGUACAAUUACAGUUGUGAUUCAACCCGAGGUGGAUGAUGGAGGACUUUUAAGUUGCUCCAUUAACGCCGCAAUAGCUGCUUUAAUUCAUGCUCAAAUUCCUUUAAAAUAUACUGUGAUUGCCUUAUCUAGCAUUCAAAGUAAAAAUGUACAAGAUGGCUCGUCUUUAGUUUUAGACCCAACAUUUGAUGAGGCGGGAUUAAACACCAAUGAUCUUUCAACUUAUUUAAGUUGUACUGUUAAUACAGACACUUUAAGCUUAAUCCAAUUAACUCCUGAUUUUUUUGAUACAAAAGCUUCUGUUAAUUCGUCACUCAUUUCGUCAACUCCGUGUAACGCUAACCUCACAUCCUCUUACGCGAAAUCCAGUUUUUUAGAUGUGUAUGCUCCUAUCAUUCAAGCGUGCUGUCUUGUUAAAGUGACAUUACGUGAGGCAUUUGAAAAAUAUCUAGCGACGUGUGUUGCAACGACCUUUAAUUCAAAUAAUCGAAUGGACUUACCCGUAAGCGCGCCGAAGAAAUAA